AUGUCAUUCACCAAUUUGUAUUAUAAGAGAACCACUGGAACACCGAAAGCGUGCUGGGUAUGCUUUAAACCAACGACAACGGUACUAGCCACCAUCAACACCGUGGAUUUUCUCUAUACAUGCGACAGUCAUCUGACAGACCGCGGAUUCGCCAGUCUGAGUUCGGUUGGUGAAAGUAGCGAUGGAGCGCGAAAAUUAGACAUCAGACCUGAGGAGAUUGCUAAAGUGAAAGAAGAGUGGGAGGAGAAGCAGAAAAAGAAAAAGAAAGCAGAUAAGGAGAAGGAAGAAGAAAAACAAAAGUCGGCAAGGGAAGAGUCUGACAAGAAGGACGACGAGAAGCAGAAGGACGAGGGAACGUCGAAAUUACCAUCACCCAAGCUGUCAGGAUCUCUUUCACCUCUCGCAACUCCAUCACCAUCUGCAACUCAUCAGAGAUUCAUAUUGCACAGAGAUAUAUUUGCCAUGAGAUUAGCGGAACACCGCAAACGAAGACAGACUACUCAAGCUAAGGAACUGGCUCCCCGUCUCCCCGGUGCACCUAGAGGCGAUGUUAUUUGA